AUGGAUUUCCUCCAACAGCUGAACACAAUAAGAGCAGAGUAUGACCAAACACACAGCAUGAACCAUGCGGAGGGUGGCUGGCCCAAAGACAUCAACCUCUGGAACAUAGAGCAGACCAUGCGCUUUCGCAAGAAAGUGGAGAAGGAUGAGAUGUAUAUACACACUUCAGUUUUGUGUUUAUUCUUGCAGCCGAUGGAACACUGUAUCUUCCAGAACAACGCAGUCAACAUAUACGAGUUGUACUUCACCGAUGAUGACCAAUCUGCACUCGUGGAGAGGUCCAAGUCCCGGACAGUCAAUGUCUUCAGAGACCCCAGUGCUCACAAAACGGCCGAUAUACACCACCUGUCUUGGUCACCAGAUGGAGGCUCCAGGUUGGCCGUAACUCACUGCAACCUUGAGUUCCAACGGGCACCACCAGAUCUCAGCACCCACUCCUACAUCUGGCAAGUUGAGAACCCCAACAAGCCCGAGCUGGUGUUACAGCCAAACUGUGGCCUUCUGGUGUGUCUGGUGUACAACCCCAAGGAUCCCCACAGCCUGGUGAGUGGGCUACACAAUGGACAGGUGGCAUUCUUUGAUACUAGACGCGGUGGCGACCCAGUGGAGUUGUCCUCUCUGGCGCACAGUCACCGUGACCCAACACACCAGGUGCUGUGGAUCAACUCCAAGAGUGGAACUGAGUUCUUCUCUGCCUCAUCAGACACGGUCCAGGUAAAGUGGUGGGAUGUACGCAAACUGAAUGAGCCCAUGGAGACACUCAUACUGGAUAUGACCAAGGGUGAGGAACAAUCCCUUAACAGGGCUCUGGGAGCAUCUUGUCUGGAGUAUGAGCCAACAAUACCUACACGAUUCAUGGUAAGUGGACUGAGAACGGCAAUCGUCAUAGCUGGCAACCGCAAGGGGAAGACACCCCAGGAGAAGCUCGGGGCCACAUACAAAACCCACCACGGUCCCGUCUACGCCCUACAGCGUAAUCCUGCCUUUGUCAAGAACUUCCUUACCAUUGGCGAUUGGACAGCUAGAAUCUGGAGUGAGGACUGCAAAGAGUCUUCCAUCAUCUGGACUAG